AUGUCAUCUGACCAGCCGUCUUUACCUUCAGGUGACUCCGUGUGCCCGGGAUGUCAGGCCGAGGAGUCACUUCUUCUGCCCUGUGGCCACAAUUUAUGCCAGUCUUGCCUACAGCUCUGCCAGCUUGAGUUAGGCCAGGAUCAGCAAAGAUGCAUUCAGUGUUAUGGACGAGACCUGCUGGACAGUGUUUUAAAAGGCCUGCUAGACUCUUUGUUCAAAGGCCAGCCUCGGAGGGUCGGCUCAGGGUCUGAUCUAGGUCUAGAGGACAGCAAGGAGGGCAAGGACAGGGCUGCGGACGGCAAGGUGUGUGCCAAGCAUGACGAGAGACUAACUCUGUUCUGUGAGGAGGAUGAAGAGCUGAUCUGCAGUCAGUGCCAGGACGAAGAGCACAAGGAUCACAAGUGUAACAGCACAGAGGAGGCAGCUCAGGAGUGCAAGGAGGAGCUGAGGUCUGCCCUGAAGCCUUUACAGGAGAAGUUGGAGACCCUAAACACAGCAAAGCAGAACUGUCAGGAGACAGCUGAGCACAUCCGGAGGCAGGCCCAGCAUACAGUACGACUGAUAAAGGCCGACUUUGAGAAGCUGCAGCAGUUCCUGCGGGAUGAGGAGACCUCCAUGCUGAGCGCUCUGAAAGAGGAAGAGGAACAGAAGAGUCGGAAAAUGAAGGAAAAGAUGGACAGAUUAGGAGAUGAAAUUAUGUAUCUAACAGAAAUAAUUAACUCAACAGAAGAGGCCAUGGGCUCUGACGAUAUUGCAUUUCUAAAGAACUAUAAGAAGACAUCUGAACGAGUGGACUGCAGGCUGCAGGAUAAAGAGGAGACAUCUGGAGCUCUGAUUGAUGUGGCCAAACACCUGGGCUGCCUCAAGUUCAGAGUCUGGGAAAAAAUGCAAAAUCUUGUAACAUACACUCCAGUUAUCCUUGACCCCAACACAGCAGACGUGUGCCUCUCCCUGUCUGAUGACCUCACCACUAUCCGCUUCACGGAUGAAGAACAGCAGCUCCCGGAUAACCCAGAGCGCUUCUGCUACUACGAAUGUGUGCUGGGCUCGGAGGGCCUGGGCUCGGGCCGCCACAGCUGGGACGUGGAGGUGGGGGACAGCAGUGAGUGGGCUCUGGGGGUGGUGAAGGAGAAUGUGAUAAGAAAGGAGUGGUUCCCCCUCAGCCCAGAGCGAGGCAUGUGGACCAUAUGCCUGUACGGAGGAGAGUAUCGUCCAAAAAAUGCCACCAGCGCCCCCCUCGUUCUCAAGAAGAAGCCACAGAAGGUGCGAGUGCAGCUGGACUGGGACGGGGGAAGGGUCAUGUUCUCAGACGCCAGCGACAACACAAUGAUUUACAAGUUUAAAGACAAGUUCACCGAGAAGCUGUUUCCAUAUUUCUCCAACUCAUGCAAGAGGCAUUUUUUACGCAUUCUCGCUGAGAAAAUAUCUGUUUACACAGAGUAGCCCAGCACUGAGUGUGCAGUGUCAGAAAUAAAGGUUUCUAAAUCGUU